AUGGAGGUGCGGCGGCGAACGACCACGGCAUCAGCAAAUGGCACACUGACACAACCGUACUACGAGCUACUAGACGAUAAAGCGCGGCGCACAUCUCACUGGAUUUUCGUGAUCGCAGUGGUAGGCGUCAUUUAUGGAGGCGUUGUCUAUCUUCACAGACGGAUGCCGCCGGUAGUUACAGGCGACCACCUGACUGAGUUUAGUGAGGAACGAGCUCGUGACCUGCUCAAGGAGCUUCACUGCUUUGGGCCGCGGCAACACAAAGCAUUUGACAUAAUGCAAAGAAGUCUUAGCAUUAUUGAACGGCAAGUCGCAUCUAAAGGUGUGAAUCGAUUCGAGAUGGAUGUUCAGCGUCCAUCAGGCUGUUUCGAUCUCAAAUUUCUGUCGAGCUUCACUCUUUGUUACUACAAAAUCACCAAUAUUGUGGUGCGUAUUGGUCCAGCGAGUGGCCCAACGAAUCAGGCUUUAAUGCUCAAUUGUCACUAUGAUACUAUGCCGGAUACACCUGGUGCCACUGACGAUGCAGUCUCCUGUACUAUAAUGAUGGACGUUCUGAACGUUCUCUCGACAUCUGAAGAGCCACUUCAAAACGACGUCCCGAGGAGAAUUUUCUACAAGGCGCUCAUGGGUUCAUCGAGAAUCAUCCAUGGCGUCACACUAUUCGUGCAUUCAUCAAUCUUGAAGGUACCGGAUCAGGCGGGUCCAGGAAACUCAUGGCUUACUACAAACUUACCUCGAGACUGCUCCGCACCCAUUUUGCAGUGUUUUAGCGCAGGAGAUAUUCCAAUCUGGAAUAAUCCCAUCGGAUACACUUCCGUAUUUUCGCGUGAUCAGAGCGAGAGCGAGGACUGGGAUUCGCUUACACAAAGAACGGCUGGGUCUAUCAUACCGAAUUCGAUGAAGAGUGGAGAAUUGAAGCUGGUGCAAUUCAGA